CCUGGCAGUGCCGAAGCAUCCGUAUGCAGCCAUGGAGAACUGGGGCCUGAGUGUGUUUGUGGAGCAGAAGAUCUUGUUGGAUCCUGACGUCUCUUCCUUCUCCUAUCAGAUGGAGCUCACCAUGGUGGUGGUGCACGAGAUCUGCCAUCAGUGGUUUGGGGAUCUAGUCACACCAGUUUGGUGGGAGGACGUUUGGUUGAAGGAGGGAUUUGCGCAUUACUUCGAGUACAUCGGGGCUGAUUUCCUCUUUCCAAAGUGGAACAUGGAGAAACAGAGGUUUCUGACUGAUGUUCUUCAUGAGGUGAUGUUACUGGACGGUUUGGCCAGUUCUCAUCCCAUCUCUCAGGAAGUGUUUGAAGCCACAGACAUCGACAGAGUGUUUGACUGGAUCGCGUAUAAGAAGGGAGCCGCUCUGAUCCGAAUGCUGGCUAACGUCAUGGGACAGCCGCUAUUCCAGAGAGGCCUCAAUGAUUACUUGAUGACGCACAUGUACGGGAACGCGGCGAGAGAUGACUUGUGGAACAAAUUCUCCGAGGCCAUGCAGAGGGAGGGAAAGGACAUCAACAUCACGCAGGUCAUGGACCGCUGGACGCUGCAGAUGGGUUACCCUGUCGUCACCAUCAGCAAGAACGACAGUCUUGACAACAGUGUCACCAUCUCACAAGAGCACUUCGUCUAUGACACCGACGCCAAGAUCCAGAAUCCUGAGCUGUUCAACAAAAGCUUCCAGUGGCAAAUACCGCUGACGCUCGCAGUGGGAAACUCCAGUCACAUAUCAACAGAGACCAUCAUCUGGGUCUCCAAUAAAACAGAGACGCACAGAGUGGGUCACAUGGGCAGCGAGACGUGGUUGCUGGGCAACAUCAAUCAAACGGGCUACUUCAGAGUGAACUACGACCUUCACAACUGGAGACUUCUCAUUCAACAGCUGAUGACCAACCCAACGAUCAUCUCCGUGGGCAACAGGGCCGGUCUGAUUGAUGACGUCUUCAACCUGGCGAGAGCGGGGUAUUUGCCCCAAAACGUCCCCCUGCAGAUGAUCUCAUAUUUGUCUCAGGAGACUGAGUUUCUGCCGUGGCACGCUGCUAGUCGAGCUCUUUACCAGCUGGACAAACUCCUGGACCGCACUGAAGACCACAGCCUGUUCAGCGACUAUGUUCUUAGACAGGUGGAACCGAAGUAUCACAAGUUGGGCUGGCCAGCCACUUCCCCUGAGGGCUCCUUCAUGCAGGCGGCUUAUCAGACCGAAGAGUUGCAGAGAGAGGUGAUGAUGCUGGCCUGCAGUUUUGGAAACAAACACUGUCACCGGCAGGCUGUUUCUCUCAUUUCAGACUGGAUUUCCAGCAACAAGAACAGGAUUCCACCCAACGUGCGGGACAUUGUGUACUGCACAGGUGUUUCUCUGAUGGAUGAGGAUGUGUGGGAGUUUAUCUGGAUGAAGUUUCACUCCUCUACAGCCAUCUCUGAGAAGAAGGUUCUUCUGGAGGCCUUGACCUGCAGUGACAACAUCUUCCUGCUCAACAGUGAGUGCUCAGCACUCAACAGGCUGAUUCCUGUGGGACGGAUUCAGUGUGAGGCUGUUGAGAGGGAUGUGUACUCACCUGAAGUGAAGAGAGAUAUCCUGCUGCACCGUAGAGCACCCCGCAGCUCCACUAGCGGCGCCAAACCUGCAGCCACAGGACGGAAGUGA